AUGCUGAAGAAAUAUCUGGUCGCAGGCAUUCUGCUUGCUUCGCCUCUGCUGGCUGUAGCACAAGACCUGAUCCCCCCGAUUCUUGAAAAAGCUGACUCUUUUGUGGAAGAGACUUGGUCUAUUGAUUCAAGUCCGAAUGUUAUAUACAUCGAUAAGAAGUUUGCGUCUGUCUCAGACAAAGAUGGCCUUACGCUGAUUCCACCCACGGCCCAAGAGUUUGCGGCCGCCUUUCAAGAUGAUCUCGCCAAGAUCACAGGAUCCAACUGGACGCUGAAGCGUGUCGACUCACUCUCUAACAAUGUCAGCGGAAUCUCUCUUGGUUCAUACACCGGAGAAUCUUCCGAUCUCACAUAUGAGAACGGAAAAUCAACAUCAGAAGGCUACGAGAUCAUCAUCAAUUCCAAUCGCGUAUUCAUCGGUGGAUCAGGCGCUCGAGGAAUGUGGUGGGGAACCAGAACAUUUCUUCAACUCCUCCUAGCUGGCAACGGGACAAUUACUAGUACACUUGGUCGAGAUGCUCCGGCUUAUGCUACCAGAGGAUACAUGCUUGAUGCAGGGAGAAAGUGGUAUUCUAAGGAUUUCCUGAAGGAGCUUUGCAGUUAUGCUUCGUUCUUCAAGAUGAAUGAGUUUCAUUAUCAUCUUAGUGAUAACUAUCCUCUGAACCGUGGCAAGAAUGAGAGUUGGAGGGAUGUCUACUCGCAUUUUUCACUGUUGCCGGAGGAUAAAUCGCUGAGGGGUAUUCUUCAUGGACGCGAGAACGAGACCUUAUCGAAAGACGACUUCGCAGACCUUCAGAGCCACUGUGCUUCCAGAGGAGUAACUGUCAUUCCGGAGAUUGAGGCACCAGGUCAUUCUUUGUAUCUUACCAAGUGGAAACCCGAGCUUGCCCUGGCCAAGAAGGAUUUGCUCAACUUGACGCACCCGGAUACCUUACCAACAGUACAGAGUAUCUGGGAAGAGUUUCUACCAUGGUUCAAGACGAAGGAAGUCCAUAUUGGUGCUGAUGAAUACGACACCGAGCUUGCUGAUGACUACAUCACCUUCGUCAACAAAAUGAGCCGCUUCAUAAACUCCACAGCCAACAAAAGAAGUCGAAUCUGGGGCACACACGAGCCAUCGAAACGAAAUCAAACCAUUGAUAAAAACGUCAUCAUCCAGCACUGGCAAUACGGCCAAUCCGACCCCGUACAACUCGUCAAAGACGGCUACGACGUCAUCAACUCACAAGACUGGUGGGCCUACACAAGUCUCAAAAACGACCACAUGCCUAUCCUCCCAGCACGUUAUCCACAGUUCUUCAACGAGAGUCGUGUUUUCAACUUUGCGGAUAAGGAGAAAUGGCAGUGGACACCUGCUGAUUUCAACCCGGUGAAUGCAAGUCUGCAGCUCAAGAGUGAUGAAGAGAGGUUGAGGGGUGCGACGUUGGCGGCGUGGAAUGAUAAUGGGCCUGCUGCGAGUACGCAGCUUGAAGCGUAUUACUCUAUGAGGAGGGGUAUUGCGGUGGUGGGAGGGAGGGCGUGGAGUGGGAGUCGUGGACCGAAGUUGGUGGAGGAGACGAGUGAUAGUAGCAUUGACUUUUACUCUCCUCGGGCUCCGGAUCAGAAUCUUGAUAGGGUGCUAUCUCUUGGGGGUAAUGGUACCUUGCUAUCGUGGACUCGUUCAGACAGUGAUGGAAAGAAAGUUCAUCUUGGUCACGGCAGCAAGGGGAUGAACUACACCCUCACACUCUCCAUCACAGGCCCAUUCACCCUCUCCGGUCCCGACAAUAUCCUCUCUCUCGAUAAGGGUGGAAACAUGGUCUUCACCGCUGACGGAUGGGAGUACCCCCUUCGCAAAGUCACUAAAGACGAUGCCCUCGGUCUUGACCCCGGGGCUCCAGGCCGUAUCUGGGUUAACACUUCAUCCACGCACAAACCCGUCAAGGUCUCUACUCCUGCUAACAUCACAUUGGUGACGGACGUCCUCCAUGGAACGGUUGUGUUUAUCGACGGUGAAGUGGUAGGGAGAUUUGAAGUCUUUGUGUAUGGCGGGAGGAAUACGCAGUUUAGUUGGAGUCAGAUGGCGUUUGUUGCGCCGCUGGAUAAGAUUGUGGGAGACUUGGAGGGUUUGGAGUUGACUGGGGGUUCGAACUUUACGGAAGUAGGUGGAACUGGUGGAAAAGAGAGUGCUGAUGUUCCUCAGGGGAAUGAUGCUGUUCGGUGUUCCGUUUCUUCAGCGUUCAUCACGUUAGGGUUAGUCGUGGGAGGCUUGUUACUCGUAUCGUCGUGA